AUGUCAUCAAAAGUUCCGAUCUUCACUCUUUCUAAUGGGGUACGAAUGCCAAGUGUUGGACUUGGUACUUGGCAGAUGACUGGCGACGAAGGGAAAACUGUAAUCCGAAAUGCGAUUCUUGCCGGUUAUCGUCAUAUUGAUACUGCUACUUUGUAUCAGAAUGAAGAUCAAAUUGGAGAUGCCCUCGCUGAACUUUUUGCUGAAGGAGUUGUGAAACGAGAUGACUUGUUCAUAACAACCAAAGCAUUCUGUCAUGAAGUGGCACCUGAUGUCAUCGAAGAAGCUUUGAGAAACUCUUUGAAACGACUUCGUCUAGAUUACGUUGAUCUGUAUCUGGCUCAUAUUCCAGCAGCUACAAGAGAAUGCGGAUCUCAUCGUACUGAUGUGAAAGUGGAAGACAUUUGGAAGGGAUUGGAAAAGCUUUAUAGUCUGGGAUUGACAAAAUCUAUUGGAGUUUCUAACUUCAACGAGAGUCAAAUAGAAAGAAUCGUCAAGAUUCAGAAAGUUCCAAUUCAUGUCUCUCAGCUUGAACUUCAUCUCUACCUUCCUCAAAAAGCUCAUCGAGAGAUCUGCAAGAAGCACAGUAUUAUCAUUACAGCAUAUGCAACAUUAGGUUCUCCAGGAAGGAUGUCUGUAAUUGGUGCAGAUGGAAAACCAUUAUUCGAGUCUACCAAGAAUAUACCGAACGAGUUGAACGACAAAAAUGUGAAGGCUCUAGCGCAAAAAUACAAUAAGACACCUGUGCAGAUUCUUCUUCGGGCUACUGUCGACAUGGGAAUCGUCGUUAUCCCAAAGACAACUAACCCAGAACGAAUGAAGGAAAAUAUCAAUCUUUUCGAUUUCAGUAUUUCCAAAGCCGAAGUAAAUCUUCUGGAAGCUCACGAAAGGUCCAAACCAGAGAGACUUUUCUGGUGGCCAAACGUUUCCGAACAUCCGGAGGAUCCAUUUGCAGCGGAAAGAUGA